GUUCGAGUCGCUGGCGGAGUUGGAGUCGCAGAUUCGAUGAGGAGGAAGCUUCCAUAAAACUGUUGCGUUCAUUGGCCAAACUUUCAGUUUCGUUGUUGCCACGCUGGUGGUUGAUUCAAAGAUACAACUCACGUUGCAGAGACACAGGUCCCUGAGUGAAGCCUAAAUCGGAACGAACCCUCUAAGCCCUCCCACACUCGCAAUGCGUCUGUACUGGAAUUUCUUGGCUGUGGCAGUGCUGCUGGUCGCGACCGCCUCUGGCCAGAGACCGGCGAGGUCCUACUAUCGCAGGAGCUACUACAGUGCCCUGGCCCCGGGAUCCGGCCAGGGCUCGGGAUCAGUGCCAGGACCCAUUCGAUUGGCACCCUCCGGCUAUCUACGCGCUGACCUGCAGACAAACGAGAGCAAGCGCCGGGACGUGACCAAGAAGUAUCCCAAGAAAUCCCACUACAGACCCUAUGGAUCGGAAGAUGACUAUUCCGGAGAGCGCUACAACUCCGCCGAAUACUCGGGCGAGUCGUCGGUCCAAGACAGUCGAGAGUACACCAUCGGCACCCAGAUACGCGUCCAGCAUCCUAUCACAGUCCCCAAAAAGGCUGGCCCCAGCUCCAGCUACGCCAAGCAGCCCAAGUACGUAACCGCCAUUCCAUAUAAGAGCGGAGGCUUUGGCGGAGGCUACUCAUCCGAUGUGCACGUGGGAUCUGGAGAGGAUGUGUCACCACCCAAGCGCUCCAAGUGGACUCAGCUGCAGUACGAGCCAGAGCCAGAUCCUUUCCACCUGGUGCCGCCCCCCAAGGCCACGGCAUCGUCCAGCAGCAACUCCUACAGCGUCUUCGAACCGGAUCACGAUGACUAUGAGGUUGUGCCAGUGCCAGUGUCACGGCCCAAGAGUCAUGACCGCUACAAGAACGUGGCCUCCAAGAAACAGAUCGAAGCCUACCUUGAGGACCAGCAGAAGCUGCUCGACGACGCCAUCAAGCUGCAGCUUCUCAACAAUCCCAAACUGCAGAAGUUCCUCAAGGCGCAGGCGCACGAGCACGAGCACGAGCACGAGCAGGAGUCCAGGCCCGAUCUCGACAUCGAGGACUUCGAGUCCUAUCCGCCACCCAACUUCUCCGGCCCCGGCCCCCUGCGCAACAAAUACAUCGAUCACCCGCCACCACCUCCGCCCAGAGACACGCGUUCCCGCCGACGUCCGCCCAGCGGAGAUCUGAAACGGCCGCCCAAGUCCAAGACGGUCAUCAAGCCCAAGCGGAAGUACAGAUCCACGGCACUGGUCAUCAACGUGUAGAAAGCUGAGGUAGCAGU